UCGCGCGACUAGCAUACGAGCUCCCCCUUGACAUUGUCUCUCAGAGCGACAAAGAACCCAUGCCACAUACCCUCUCGAGGACCCUCGCCCCAAGCCUCCAGUGGUCGGCGUGUAUCGAGGAGCGUUGGGCGGACGACUGUUUUCCCUCUCGUAGCGAGUACCUGGACGUCCACAGCCUGACUAAUCCUCGCUUCUUUUGGCAACCAACGGCGUUCGAGUGGGCGGCGCUGAGAGCAGAAGAGGAGGCCGAAGAGGAAUCGAAAGGCGAAUUGAGGAGAGAGGUCGGGGAAGGAGCGGCCCGAUUGGUCGAGGACGAGGAGGAAGAGCGCGAAGCUGAAGAAGAAGAAGAAGAAGAAGAAGAAGAAGAGGAGGAGACCUCGGAGGAAGAGGAAGAAGCCUAUAGUGAGUACAGCGAGGGCGAGCAAAGUGAGGAGGAGGAUGAAGACGACGAAGAAGUGGAAAGCGGAGAUGACCGGGCGCCAACGCACAACGACGAGCUCGAGUGGGUGCCAGGACCGGAUCAGCGAGAGGAGAACCCUGAGACUGCUGCGCAGCGCAAGAAAGAGAUCGCGGAAGGUUAGAAGCUGGCAAUCGAUCCCACACCGAACGAUCCCUUCAAGGAUCCCGAGCCGCCCAAGCCGGAACAUGGAGACCU